AGAGAAUUGACAUGAAGAUAAUAAACAUAUAAUUUAUCAAUAAUAGUGCUUAUUUCUGUAAUAGUAUGAUAUAAUAUUUGUAUAAGUGAGAUAACAAAGGAAAUAUUUUCUAGUUACAAAAAUAAGUAGAGUGACAUUUGUUUUUAGAAUAUUAUAACAUCUAUGGCCAUAUUGCAUUUUUUAUGAAAAGAUUUGUCAAAUAAUUACUACAUCUACCAAUGCUCUAUAUACUUAUAAAAAAUUAUGCAAAAUAUUAAUUUAACAUUAAUUUAAAACAGUAUUUUUUCAUAUUAUUAAUUAAAAUGUAUUAUCAAGAAGUAUAAAACAUGUCACAGCUCCAGGACCGUGAUGAACAAGAAGCUCUUAAACAAGAUGAAUUUUUUAAAAAAACAUUAAUCAGUGUGAAGCCUUUUAUAUUAAAUCUAACAUCUGUGACAGAUGCUCAAUUAUGCAAAGUUUGGCUUGAUAAACUAAGUCUUUCUUCUUCUCAACGCAAUCUUAGAAAUGAGUAUCUUCUAGAAUUAUAUCAGCAAUUGAAAAAAGGUCAUGUAGGAGGUGUAUUUAGUGAACCCCCACCUUUAGGUUCUCUUAUACCAUUACCUAAAUCAUAUCGCAUGGUAUAUAUUAGUUCAUCCUUAAGUGAUCUGUCAGAAUUUAGUACGACAUCAUAUCACAAAUGUGAGCAAAUCAAUGACUAUAAAACAUGUUCACAAAAUACUACAUCAAGAAUACAAGAUAAAAAUUCUACAAGUACAAGUCAAUAUUUACCUACAUUUAAACCACCUUCAUCAGUUCAAUUUUAUAAUGAUAACAUAGUAGAUAGAGGUCAGUUUAGAAUACACAGGCAUGAUACUGAUUCACUGAUUGCUACCAUUAAAGAGUUACAAAUGCAAAAUAAAUCUUUGCAUCAACAAUUAUUAGAAUAUCAAGAAAUUAAUGCAAUAAAUGAAAAUUUACAUACUAAUAUAAGGCAACUAACUUCUGAAGUUACUGCAUUGAAAGCUAAAUUACUAGAGACACAAAAAGUAAAAAAUAUUCUAGAAUCCACUCAUAAAGAAAAUGUUCAACAAUAUAAAAAUAAAGUUAGUGAACAAUUUUCUAAACUGAAAUUUCAAUUACAUGAGGCUGAAUGUAAAAAUGAAAAUUUAAAUAACAAUUUGCUUACAAUGUCACAAGAAUUGGAUAAAAUUAUUCAUGAUAAGGAAGAAGAGAUUAAUACAAUAAAGAAGCAAUGUAUGGAUAAAUUAGAAUCCAUGCGCCAACAAUAUGAAGUUCUUUUAAAAGUAAAAGAUUUAGAAAUAAAUACACAGGUAGAUUUAAUUCAUCAGAAGGAUUUGGAAUUAUCCAAAAAAGAUGAAGAAGGAAAUAAGAAAACUGAAUUACUGACAAAUAAAAUUAAGGAGAUGGAAAUUAAGCUUGAAACAGAGACAAAAGAUGAUGAUAAAUUACGAGCUAUGUUAACAGAUCAAAAUGCAAUAAUGAGACAAGAAUUUGAUAAGAUAAGAAGUGAAAUGGAACUUGUAUCUCAAAAUCAAAAUGAGAAUUUAGUUUCUAAAAUGAUAACCUUAAAGAAGACUAUACUAAAGCUUCAAAAGUCGAAAGACAAACUUGCAUACGAUUACGAAAAAAAAAUUAACCAUAUUCUUAAGAACAAAGAUUUGGAAAUUAAGUCAUUAUAUAUACAAUUUCAAGGACAGAAAACUGACUUAUGCACAUCCUUGUGUUCGGAAAAACAAUGCGAAUUAAAUUCUCUUGUAGAUUCAUUAGAAGAAAAAUAUAAACUGCUUCUUGUAACAGCUGAUGCAACAGCUGAAAAUCAGCGUCAGAAUUAUCUUAAGAAAAUAAGCAUAUUAGAAAAUGAACUAUAUCAAGUAAAAAAGAAUAUUCGAAGUAAUGAUUAA